GGUGACCGACACUUUCUGCAGCCAUCAUGAACCGGCUCUGGAACAUCAGGCGUUGGGAGCCACUCCAGGGCCCCCUGAAGUGGGUCCCCACCCUGGGCGAGCUGCAGAAGACCCUCCAGAAGGGCGAGUACUUGCCCCUCCGCCUGCUGCCCGUGUUCGAGAGUAACUUUGUCCAGGUGACCAGUCGAGGGGCCCCAGUGUAUGUGCACCACAGAACCAACCGAGUGACCAUGGGCGUGGCCGCCUCCCUGCCAGGCCUGGUGUUGCCAGACAUCCUGCUGAUGGCCCAGCCCCCCACGGGCAGGGAGCGCUCCAGCCUCGUCCUCACCAGGAUGAUCCUGCUGGACCUGGCCCACCUCUACGUCCACGACCUGUCUGCCUGGCACCUGAAGCUGAGUCUGGUCAUGGGGCUGCGCUAUUACCUGGAGCUGGACGCCCCUGACAAUGAGGUCAGCUUCCUGUUUGACCGCUGGAUCCGCCUCAUCAACCUGCUCCGGCAGCCCGCCCCCUCCUGGGCCCCCAGGACCCUCCACACGCCCCCCAUGGACCCGGGCCACGUGGCACCUCCAGGACCCGUUUCACCACAGACGUUCAGGCGCGGACAGAGCCUCAGCAUCAUACCCCUCUCUCCCCUGACUGAGCCCCCCAGGAUCAUGAUUGUCGAGCCCACCUUUCCUUACAAGAUUCUGACAACUCAGAGACAGAGGAAGGCCAAGACCCUCAGGCGCAAAUUCAAGUCUCAGGCCCUGGGUGACUCCGUGCCACUAGGCUGGUCACAGCUGGAGCAAGCUGACACGAGAAAGAAAUCUACAGAAAAGAAGUCCCAACCGGACCUCUCCCUGAGAGACCGCAAACCAAAAUCCAAGUUUCCGGGUUGCUCUAAUUCUGAGGGGGCCACAUACCUGGCAGGUUUACUUGAGACCCCUUCACUCUGUAUCUCAGAGGACAGCCCUGAAAUGCCCUUGCUGGGCUCCUGUGAUCACUUGCAUAUGUACCCGUGGCAACAGGACAUGGACGACCUGAUGGACCCGGAGGCCAGCACCUUGUCCACGUCCUCCCUCUGCCCAGCCACCUACCCUCCUGACUUCCACAGGUGCAACGAACAGGCCAGGCCUCUGGACUCCGUGCAGAGGCUGUGGCCGCCGCCCUCCCAGAAGCCCCCAGCCAUCCCUGCUGCCUCUUGUAAGGCUCCAUUCAUCCUUGACCAGUCCCAGAAGUUCUUGGCUGUACCUGCUCCAUCCCGGAAAGCACCAGCUUUUCCUGCUGCUCCCCAGGAGGCCCCAGCCACACCUGCCCCAUCUCAGAAGGCCACACAUGUAUUGGCUACUCCCCACGAGGCCCCAGCCACGCUUGCCCCAUCUCAGAAGGCCACACAUGUAUUGGCUACUCCCCACGAGGCCCCAGCCAUGCCUGCCCCAUCUCAGAAGGCCGCGCAUACACUUGCUGUUCCCCCGAAGGCUGUGUCCCCGCCUGCUCCAAACAGAAAAUCUGUGUUCCUACCUACCCCGUCCCAUAAGGCUCUGACCUUACCUACCCAAUACCAAAUGACAUUGGACCCUGCCACCACUGGCGUGUUGCCUGCGGGAAGUCACGGAGGAGAUGUGCUUGAGAAAAGCAAGCCUGAAGGGAAGCCAGAGCUGGUGUUGAUGGGCACCCAGGAGACAAACAUAGUAGAGGUGAGGACUCAGAAAACAUCCCUGGAGCUGCCUUUCACCACCACCGAGAAGAAGUCGGAGGAAGUCCUGGUCAGCAGAGCCCAGGAUGUCACCGCGGAUGGCUUGAAGGGCAAGGGCAAGUUGGAGGACAACGUCCGCAGGAUGAAGGAGGAGAUCUCUCUGGACAUGCUGGGCUUCAAAUCCAAGGAGGUGGGGCAGCAGCAGAAGUGGAUCAAGACCCAGGAGCUGGCCAUCGAGGAAGCCUCCCAGGGGCAGACCGGGCCCUUCUCAGUGGAAGGGCUCACCCGUGCCAAGCUGAUGAUCACUGCCAGUUCCAAGGAUCCCUCCUUGAGAUCAGCUCUGUUCAAUCUGCCCUCCUGGCUCUCAACCCAGCAGGGGUCUGCCAUGCCAACUAUGGACACGGUACCCCUCAGCACCACCAAGGUGUCCUUGCUGGAGGAGAUGCCGGUGGUGGUCAGGGAGCAGCCACAGUUGGGGGCCUGGGCGAAGGGGAACACGUAUCCAUGGGCGGAGGUGGAGGAGGUGCCCCGGGACCCAAAGGGGCCUUCCAAAGCGUCCCCCUUCCCCAAGCGUGCCACCAGCAGCCCCAAGGUGAAUGCUGCCUCCCUGACUCCCAUCUCUCCGCCCUCAGCGAGGUGGGAGGACGUAACGGAGUCUCCUACCUCUCUGACCCCUGUCUCAAAGAUGGAGGCCAGGGUCUCCCAACAGCCCAGGAGAGUAUCUCAAGAACCCAAGAGGGUGCUGGACCAGUGCCCCAUGGCCAUAGUGGGGUCAUCUUUGGAGAUUCUCUUGCCCACUCUCUUGGAAAUUGAGAGUAUGAAGGACAUGGUCUCCAAGGUGGAGAAGAUAAAGGAGGAAGUGGGCAUCUUUGCUCCUUCGCCCAGCAUGCACGGUUCCCAGCGGCCUCAAUAGCGGGAUGCGGGGAACUCAA